GCUGCGAGCGGCGGCUCGCGGCGCGCCGGGCUGCGCGAUGGAGGAGAACUCGGAGCCCGGAGAGGACGGCCGCCAGCGCGGGGCCUCCGACGAAGUUUUGCUCUCGGACGUCUUCUCCCUCGCCCCGGCGCUGAAGACGAAAUAUGCCCUGAGCCUCACUCGCGGCGCGGAGCUCCUGAUGCGCCAGCUGGACUCCGCCGCGGCUGCCCCGGGCAGCCCCGUCGCGGCGCUGAGCCUCUCGGACUGCAUCGGCUGCUACGCUUUCCAGAGGAAGGGCGCCCAGCAGCCGGCGGCUGCCUACUUCACCGUCUUCUGCUACCCCCUUAAGAAGGGCUGGUUUGAUUCUGGGGCGUCCAGGCAGAGAGUGGCCAAGACUUUUUGUGUCUUGGCGUCAGAGGACGCCGAAGAGAAUCGGCGGAUCGCUGAGCGCUGGGCUAGGACGAUCAGGGAGCUUUCCGUGCCGCGGAGCCCCAAACUGGAAGGAUCACUCCAUGGGCUGCUCCCUCAGUCCUGCCAAGUGAUGGUGUUGCUCAACCCGCAGAGCGGGUCUGGCCGGGCACUGCAUCUGUUCAAGACCCAAGUCCAGCCCAUGCUGGCGGAAGCCAACAUAGGAUUCAGCAUGUUUGUCACAAGGAAGAACAACCACGCUUGGGAUCUGGUGAAGGAGGAGAACAUGUCCAAGUGGGAUGCUGUGGUUGCUAUGGCUGGGGAUGGCUUGCUCUACGAGGUGAUAAAUGGACUGAUGGAGCGUCCUGACUGGAAGUCUGUGAUCCAGAAGCCUCUUUGCAUCCUUCCAGGAGGCUCUGGGAAUGCCUUGGCCGCGUCUCUCAAUUACUAUGCUAGAGAGCACUGCCACAGCAAGGAGGAGCUGCUGCUGAACUGCACUUACUUCCUCUGCAAAGGCCUGCAUGCCCCCAUGGACCUGGUGUCUCUACGCAUGGCCUCGGGGAAGCGGCUGUUCUCCUUCCUCAGCUUUGGAUGGGGUUUUGUGUCUGAUGUGGACAUUGCCAGUGAGAGAUACCGUCGACUAGGCAGUGCUCGCUUUACCGUGGGCACCGUCCAGCUCCUGACCACCCUCCAAAUUUACAAAGGCCGCCUCUCUUACCUGCCAGCUGACGAGCAGAGCCCUGGCAUGAACUCUUCAGCCCCUGCAGGGGAAGAGAGCUGCCCAUCAGCACAAUGCACCUGCCAAGCCUCCUUCAGCAAGAGGAAGUCGCCGGUUCACGUCCAGACCCCACCUGUGUCGCUGCUUGAGGACCCUUUGCUGGUACCCUUUGAGCAACCCGUUCCCAAACACUGGACUGUAGUACCUGAGGAGGAAUUUGUUUCUAUUAUUGGCAUCUGUCAUUCCCACCUAGGAGCAGACUUCCUCCUGGCUCCCACAGCCAAACUGUAUGAUGAUGCUAUCCACCUCUUCUAUGUGAGUGCUGGUGUCUCCCGGAUGGGAAUGGUGAAGUUCUUCAGGGCCAUGGAUAAAGGGAACCUCCUGGUCCUCAACAACCCUCACCUCCACUGUGUUGCUGCGAAAGCCUUCAGGCUUGAGCCCCUUGAACCCAAAGGCCUUAUGACAGUGGAUGGUGAAGUGCUGCCAUGUGAGCCAGUGCAAGGGCAAAUUCACCGUCGGCUUGCCCGCGUUAUCAGCCGCUCCUGAGGCGGCUGGGGACCUUUGAGAAAGCAGCAACAAUGCCAAUCCUCGAGCAAAGGGCUUUACAGCAUUGGGAGUUAUGAGGGCUCCCACAUGCUGCACCUUUUCAAAUCAUCAUCUGCACCAUCUCUGCCAGUGCAAAUUCUCAGGGGCAACUUGGCUUUUGGAGUAAUUAUUUAAUUACAAUAUGAAUAAUGGCUGAGCCUGUCUUGUGAUAGUCUUAAGUCUGCUCUCAGCUAUCAUGUAGCAAAAAUGGCAGCUUUAGAAUGUUCCUUCUCUGCAGAGCCCUAGCGAGAGAAAGUAGGUCUCCAAAGCUAACCAAAGCCAACUCCUCUGCAGGAUGGUUUUACUCUCCUUCCUAAGAUGAAAAUCUUCACACAAAGCAGCUGAAGCAGAGCAUAAGAUGACAUUCGAAUGCAGUGGCUGCCCAGAUAAAAAUGGCUGGAUCCCAUUGUUCAAUAAGAGGUUUUCCUUUGGUAACUCUCCCCCAUCCCUCAAGUUAUAGGUAGGAACAAAUUAUAUUCUUACGAAGAAAUGCAAUAAAUAUCAUUAAAAGAAA